AUGGGCCGGAAAAACGCCAUUAAAAAGUCUGCGAGAGGAGAUCUUAUUCCGACACCCGGACCCUUGGAACAGCAAAUUGAAGGGGCACAGUUUGUAAAAUCUCGUUCAGAAAAGCGAGAGAAAAGGAAGCGGAAGGUCGGAAAUGAAGCCGGUGAAUAUAUUCCAAAUUCCCUUUCGGAGAGGAUCAUAUCUGAAGCAAGAAAACAAGUCUGUGAUAUCGAUCUUGAGGAUGAAAGUGGAACAGUUGAGGAGAGUAAGAGGAUGCGUCAUGUGAGUCUAGGUGUUUCAAAUGAAGAGACUUCUGACGCAGAAAGCUUUACUUGUGACGAUGGGUACGAUGAUCAAGUCAUUGAACUGGAUCCUAAAGACGAAGCUGAUUUGCAACGUUUUAUGACCAACAAAGAAGGCGUGGCAAGGACCCUUUAUGAUAUAAUUAAGACAAAAAUUGACGCAAAAACGGACGAUGCGGGGUUUGCUCUGAGUGUUGCUGACCCAAUGGAAUUUAAUAUGAGAGAUCUCGAUCCUGAAAUUGUCGAGAUGUACAAGGAAAUUGGGAAAGUUCUCUCUAAAUACAGAAGUGGAAAAAUACCAAAAGCUUUCAAGGUUAUACCAAAGAUGGUGAACUGGGAACAAAUUUUAUAUCUAACUGAUCCUGAUGGAUGGAGUGCAGCAGCCAUGUACCAGGCUACUAGACUCUUUGCCUCUAAUCUCAAUCCCAGAAUGUGUCAACGCUUUUACAACCUUGUCCUCCUUCCUCGGAUACGAGAUGACAUUGACGAAUUCAAAAAGUUGAAUUUUCACCUAUAUCAGGCUCUCUGCAAAGCAGUGUAUAAACCAGCUGCCUUCUUCAAAGGAAUAAUACUUCCUCUUUGUGAGACUAUGGCUUGUUUGCUGCUGCUUCUCCGAUUAUUUUUUAUCAUCAACACAUUCAAAGUAAAACUUUUUGUUGAAACUUGUAUCAAUGCAGCUGAAUGGGUGAUAUCUGUGAUAUUAAACAAACAGAUGAGGUGUAAUGUGCUUGGAGUUGCGUUGGCAGACAACGAGUUCGACUUUAACUCAGAGGUAAACUGUCUUACUAGAUACUUAGAUGGCCCGUCUUCACCAGACGUGCGGGCAACACCAUCCCUUCCAGUUGAGGUUGGAGAACUGCGAACUGCAGUGAAGAAUGGUAUUAGGAAAGGUCUUGCUUCGAUCUAA